AUGGUUGAAGGCAUGGGGUCUGAGAGAUCGAGCAAAAUUGCAGAUGAAAGCGACUUUAGCGAAAAGAAGCAGAAACCAACUGAAGAGCCGUCAAUUAACGUUUUCAAAGACUUAAAAGAUGUCUUAAGGUAUCUGAUUUUCAAUCCAGAGGCUAAUCACAUAGUCAUGCCACUGCUUCUUGUCCUAGAGGCUGUUGCGUUGAAGUACAUUUUGGCAAAUGUUCAAUACACUGAGAUUGACUAUGAAGCGUAUAUGGAGCAAAUAUGGACCAUCAAGGACGGGGAGACGAAUUACGAACUGAUUGAAGGUGGGACAGGACCAUUAGUUUAUCCAGCGGGCCACGUCUGGAUAUACGAAAUCAUGGAGAAAGUCACCUCUGGUUUAGACAACCUUAAAAAUGGACAGAUUGCGUUCAGCGCCCUUUACAUCGCGACUUUGGUGUUACAAAUGGUGUGUUACGUUCUGUUGCAGUUGCCUCCUUGGUGUGUUGUUUUGGCCGUCUUGUCAAAACGUUUGCAUUCGAUUUACGUCUUAAGACUAUUCAACGAUUGUUUUACGACUUUUUUUAUGGUUCUCACUGUUCUGAGCUUACUUCUUUCAGCUCGUUUGCAGCGGAAGAUUUUUUGCGUUGUGGCUAGUGCAACCUACGCGGUCGCGAUCAGCAUCAAAAUGAAUGCUUUACUGUUUUUACCAGGAGUACUCCUAGCCCUCUUUCAGCUGAGCAGCGGCCACUUAGCAUUCACUUUGGGCUGUCUUGGAACAACCGUCGCUUGGCAAUUCUACGUUGCUCGCCAGUUUCUUCAAGAUCACUCGCGCGAGUACUGGUCCACGGCAUUCAAUUUUGGACGUCAAUUUAUGUACAAAUGGAGCGUGAACUGGCAGUUUGUGGAAGAAGAAGUGUUCAAUAGCUCAUGGUUUCAUCGCACGUUACUGUUCAGUCAUUUGACAGUCUUGGCGUUGCUUUUGGUGACCAAGUUUUGCUCAGGGUUUCCUGAAAUUAGAGCUUCAUUUAAGGCUGUAAGGCAUCCGUUCACGCCUGUCUUGCAGUCAUUUGAGAAAGUCACAACUUUGGAUGUUAGCUAUGUGCUUUUGGUGACCAACUUUGUUGGUGUAUUAUUUGCGCGUUCUCUGCAUUACCAGUUCUUGUCAUGGUACCAUUGGACUUUGCCAGUCCUUUUGAACUGGUCACAAAUGCCAAUGAUCGUGUCAGUUGUGUGGUAUUUCGCACAUGAACUGUGUUGGAAUAGCUAUCCUCCAAAUUCAAAUGCGAGCUCAACGUUGUUUGCCUUGAAUAGCGUUCUCCUGAUUUCGGUGUACGUCCGAUUCGCAAAAUCAAGUCAAUCCACUAGAAAAUCCCUAGAUUCGUUCACAGAAAAGAAGAAUGAGUAA